GCACAUGGGCCUGCAUGGCUGGUGGGGCGUGGCGUCGGGGCGCGGGGCGCGUCCGAACCCUUCGUCUUCUCUUACGAGACACAUCUCGUGCGCUCGGUGAUGUCCAGGAUAUUUUGGACUAUGAUCCUGAAAUACAGAAUGUUGUCCAAGAACUCACAAACCAGGCCGCCCGCCCAACCGCCCUGGUGAUCUUGGGCUGUUCUCCAUCAGCUCGAGCGAGGUUAUUAAACUGCAUUCUAGGCAGACGGCUUUUUCCUGAGUCUCUGCCUAGAGGAUGCAGAUGGAUUCGUAUUCAAUAUGGAUCAUCAACCCAAGUUCAUCUAACGGUCGGUAACUCUGAGUUUGAGUUAGUUGAUGAGUUGGAGUGUAAUAGGACUCAAUGCGAAACAUUGCCAGUACAGGAUCUCCUCCGCCAAGACAACGAUGUAGGUACAACGUUGGAAAUCGAAAUAAAUGACUCGUUUCUAAAAGACGGUCUUAAAAUUAUCGUUCCACCAGACAUUGGCGAAGAUCCUGGUACAGCUAAUUAUUUAACACUAAAACAACUGCACACCGAAUUGUACAAAAAAAGAAACAGAAUCCUAAAAUCCUGUAGUCCAGUGUAUCUCUAUGCUUUGGACAAAAUUGGUCGGAAUGUAUUUAGUGAGAAUAUUAUGUCUAAAAUGAAUGUUUCUAAGAGCGAAGAGGACUUCUGGUCGACGUUUAAUUUGUAUUAUAUGACUAAAGUCGAAGUUGAUAAGGAUGAUAAGGCUGAAGAGGAAGCUAGCGAAGUUUGGUAUGAGGUCGACGACUCUGCGGUUUUUAGUUCCGAGAACUGUCUAGACCUUCACCAGGCGAAGGAAAUCGACAUCAACGCCCAGUUUCAUUUCGUCCUCUUUUCUUCAAGCAAAGCAGAAGAUAAGAGACGGAACACUAUCAGCGAGGCGACUGAGUCCACUGAACUGUGUAAUACCGAGGAGUUACCGGAAUCAGACCAGGGUCUCAUGAAAGAUGGGCAAACUGAGCAGAGCAGCACAGCGAAUAGAAGACUGCACGAAGAACAAACGGCGUUCAUGAAUGAACUGUUGGACCAGUGGGAACUAAUUACAAACCCACCUCGAAAACACCACGUAAAAAGCCAAUGGUCGAUCAUAAACGAUAUUGAAAUACUAAAGAAUAAAGAAAAAGAAGAUCACAAGAGAAAGAAGGAGACGGACAGUGAUAGAACGAUCAAGAGCAGGAGCUCGUUGCUGAACACCGUUUUGAAGUUUGCGACUGAAUGCUCUCAAAGUUACUUAUUGGAUCAGUGCACUAAGCUGAGUGAGGUUCACGUGAAAUUGCUACAGCAGUUUCUGCUGGCGUCGUUCGAUAUGGCGCGAGAGCUGCAAGUAGUUCCGAAGAAAAUACAGUAUGUGGCGAGGCAGGAACAGCAGCUGUACGAGACAAUAAGUGAAAAGUUUUCCGAAGGCGAAAAGAAACAGGAGUUGUUGAAGAUAAUGCAGGAGGUGCUUCAAGAGAUGAAGUCGGAGAUUAUCAACAUGGACUGGAGUGUCGACGAUCUCCCGUGUCAUCAAGACAAACGUUUUUCAAUAUCGAACUCGGUGUUUUACUCAUCGAGGGCUACAGUUGCUCAAGAGAAUGCGGAAGAGGCCGCUACCAUCGAUUACAACUUCGACGACUACGAGAUUAUCGACUUUGCGGAUGAUAGUCUUUGUAGGAGUGAAGUCCAAGAGGGGACUAGGGUAAGUUUCUUGGUACGUUCGAUGUUACAGAGGGUUGCAUCCCCCCCACCGCCGGAUAUCCGCGUAGAGAACGAGACGGAGCUCAGUUCUCUGUCCAGUGGCUGGAGCCCGCGCUGCGCCUCCGUGUCCACGAGACAGGCCUCGCUGGACGUUCAGCGCACCGUUCUUUCAAAGUUGAGUCGGAAGAUCAGUCUGAAGCUCGUCAGUUUCGUGGACUGUCUGAAGGAGACGUACUUUGGGACGUUACAGCGCUGCUUGGAGUCCUUGGAGGGCUGGUGUCGACACGAGCUGGGUGGUCGGCCGGCCACGGAGGCCAUGAGGCAACUACUGUCAGUGGCUCGGCAGGUGGACCUAACACCCUGCGCGUCUUUUUCGCUACUGGCAGACUUAAUGGACUCGCUGCGGAGGUUCUUUUACAGACUGCGCCUGUCCGGCGGCGAGGCGGGCGACUGCUGCGCGCUCAGCCCCGCGUGGCGGAGGCGGGCGGCGCUGCACUGCGCGCACAGCCUGGCGCCCGCGCGCCUGGCGCGGCUCAUCUCGCUGCAGAUUUUAGAAAGAUUGAGCGUGGCUCACGAGAGGUAUCAAUCAGCGCUUGCAUCGCUUGAAGCCGCUUUAGCGAAUCGCUUACACCAUACAGAGGAUGUAAAACUAGCUAUAAGGAAGAAAUAUGCGCCGGCAUUUGCGCGUCUAUGUCUCGAGAGUACGUCGAUGUGCGAUCUGUUGAUGUACGGAACACCUGAGCUCGGUCGAGAGAUCGGUCGCGGCCAGUAUGGCGUGGUGUACGCGGCUCGGGGCUCGUGGGGGGGACAUUCCCCUGUUGCGGUGAAGUCUGUGCUGCCGGCCGAUGAGCGACACUACCACGAGCUCGCCAUGGAGUUCUUUUAUACCAGGAGCAUCCCCGCGCACCCCCGCAUCGUGCGGCUGCUGGGCUCUCUGGUCCAGCGGGUGGGCGGCGGCCCGCCCGGCGUGCUGCUGGUGUCGGCGCGGCGCGCGCGCGACCUGCACGCCGCCGUGCGCGCCGGCCUUUCCUUCGCGAGCCGCAUGCGCGUCGCCGUCGACAUCGUCGAGGGCAUCCGCUACCUGCACUCGCUGGGGCUGGUGCACCGCGACGUGAAGCUGCAGAACGUGCUGCUGGACGCGCGCGCGCGCGGCGCGCUGGCCGACCUGGGCUUCUGCGCCGCCGCCGCGCUGCUGUCGGGCUCGCUGGUGGGCACGCCCGCGCACAUGGCGCCCGAGCUGCUGGCCGGCGCCUACCGCGCGCCCGUCGACGUCUACGCCUUCGGCAUCCUCUUCUGGUACUUAUGUGCCGGACAUAUCAGACUACCGGCGGCGUUUGAAUCGUUCCAGAAUAAAGAACAACUGUGGAGCAAAGUAAAACGAGGCCUUCGCCCCGAGCGUCUUCCCCACUUCUCCGACGAAUGCUGGGAGGUUAUGGAGUCUUGCUGGGCCACAGAGCCCUCACAGCGAGCCCUAUUGGGCGACGUACAACCAAAACUUGAGGCUAUCCUACAAAAAGCCCUUGAGGAAGAUCAGGGGUCGCUUGCCUAUGAACAAACGGAAGAUAGGUCGGAUGAAAGUCUAGAUAUGACUGAUUUACACGUCGAUAGGUGGCGCGAGUGAAUGAUUUCGUUCGAUCUUUCGUUUAUUGUAAUUGAACAAAAUUAAAUGGAACUCGGGUCA